CGUGAUUUUUUCAUAAAUACAUACUCUUUUCAUUGAACUAAUGUGGGAGAAAUGUCUUUAACACAUUCCCAUGAGUUUAUUGAAAGGAAAUUUCUAAAACCGAAAUUAAAAAAUGGUAUGUAGUUGUGUUUCUAGCUUUAUAUCUAGUAUAUCUUAAAAUUUCCGCGGGAUUCUGCAUGUUUCCGCGCAUGGGCGAAGAUGGCGCUGAGGAGGCUUUGGGAAAUACGGAAGUCUAAAGCAUUUAGAUACUUUUCGGACCGGCGAUGGCCGCCAGCGGCUGCGCGGACACCGACUCCUGCCAGCUGGACAUCUACGCGGACAUCGUCGACUACAGCCAUGAGGAGGUGGAGCGGCUGCUCACCACCUGCCGCCGGCUGCACGACGAGAACUCGCGCCUGGCCAGCACUGCCGCCGAGCUGCGCGCCCAGCUGGCCGCCCAGCAGAAGAGCCGCGAGCUGCUGCGGCGUAGCUUCAGCUCGCUGCUGCUGACGGCGCGCGCCGAGAUCGCCCGCAAGGACGCACGGCUGGCCGAGCUGCAGCAGGCGCUGGACCAGCGCCAGCUGCGCUGCGCCGGUCGCGACCUGAGCCGCGUGGUGGAGCGCGAGGCGCGCCGCCUGGCCAGCCGGCGGGGCCGAGUGUCGCCACCGCCGGUGGUGGGCGCCGGGCCGGACCCGGCCGCCGCCCGGCCGCAGCGCGGCCGCCGCUCGGACGUGGUGGCCUCCCUGGACGACAGCAACGUGACGGUGCAGGCGGCCAACCUGUCCUUCAGCCUGGCCACCGAACAGGUGCCGUGGAGCCGGCACCGGACCGUGCAGCUGGCGCGCCGGCCGGCCGAGCGCCCACCCCCGGCCGCCCGCAGCGAGCCGGCAGCCGCCGAUGCGCCUGCUGGUGCUCCACAGACAGUCGGCUGUCGCUCUGCCGCGGCUCACGUCCACGGUGAGGCGCCGGGGGCACUCGAUGCACAGCCUGCGGCGCACGAAGCGGUCCCUGGGCAGCGCUCGGUGGCCGACUGUCCGGCCUCAGAGGGCGCCAUAGCGCGGCGCUCGGCUGCAGAGCGCGGCGCGGUACCUAACUCUGUCACAGCGGGCAGCUCGUUGCCCGAGAGCUCUGACAGUGUGACGGCGAACGGUCUGCCUCAGCUGGACGCAGGGACGCCCGACGGCGGCGGCGACCGGCUGCUGAUCUGUGAGGACGCCAGCGAUAGUGUGACGUCACCGGCAGCCGCUGACAACGGCCGGACGCCUCAGACCAACGGCGAGCGUACGGUCUCUCUGGAGCCGGGCGUAUGCAAUAGAACGUCUGAGAACAACAAUGGAAGUCUCUCCUCACUAAAGGAGAACAUAUCACCGCUCCGUGACAAAGCGUCUGAGAAUACCAACGGCCGUGCUUUAUCAUCAGAUCUGAUCGGAUGCCUCACCCCCGCGCCACCGUCGUGCUUUGCGCUCGCUAGCCCGCGCGGACUAGCGGCUACCGAAGGUGCCGGCUGUGAGACAGCGGCGCCGGGCUCGACAGCUCUCACGGGUGGAGACACCGCCAGCCCCGGCCGGUCUCCGGUGGCAGCCGGCAAACGAGGGGCCAAGAGACGGCGCGUCGCCUGUUUCUCCGACUCGCCGGAGGGGCCCGACUCGGUGGCUGCUGCCGCCGCCGGGGACGGAGACAGCGGUCAGCCGACAGGGGACGCCGGGGACGGAGGUACCGGCCGGCCGGCGGGGCACGGAGGUACUGGCCGGCCGGCAGGGGACAGCGGCCGGCCUCGGCAGAAGCGGCGCAAGCAGUCCAGCACUGGCACGGCCCGCCGACGACGGGUGCGCACGGCUCAGCUCAACGACGACAGCCAGACUGACCUGGUGUUCGACGUCCAGUUCUGCGUGACCUCGGCCGACUCAGACACGGACCCGGCGGCGAACCCAGGCACAGCCGCCAGCGCCCCGGCGGCGGACCCAGCCUCGGUCCCGCCGCCGGCCGCUGCUCUGGCUGCAGUGGCCGAGCCGGCGGUCUCGGCCGCGGACCGCGCCGGGGCCGCGUCCCCGACCCUGUUCCUGGCCAUGACGGUGGCCCCGGCGGCGGCCGCGAGUCCGGCGCUGGUGCUCACGCCGGCGCUGUUCGCCGAGCCGGUGCCGAUCCCGGUGUCGGCGCUGGCGCGGAACCCGUCGGCGGCCGCCGCCCCGCUGUCCACCGUGGCCCGACACCCGCCUUCGCUACUCGCCCCGUCCCUGACUCCUGAGCUGGCGCCCCCGACUCCGACCCCGCCACCUGCGGAGUCCUCUCUGACGCGGUCCUCGCUCCCCUGCCCGUCCCCACCCCUCGCCCCGGCCGGUGGCCCGGCGCCCUCUCCUGGCCCGGCGCCCUCUCUUGACCCGGUGCCCUCUCAUGGCCCGUCCGUUCCCGGCGUCCCGGCGCCCUCUCCUGGCCUGGCGCCCUCUCCUGGCCUGGCGCCCUCUCCUGACCCGGCGCCCUCUCCUGACCCGGUGCCUUCUCCUGACCCGGCGCCCUCUCCUGCCCCUUCUGCACCCCGCGUCCCGGCGCCCUCUCCUGGCCUGGCGCCCUCUUCUGACCCUGCGCCCUCUUCUGGCCCUGCACCCUCUCUUGACCCGGUGCCCUCUCCUGGCCUGGCGCCUUCUCCUGGCCCUGCACCCUCCCUUGACCCGGCGCCCUCUCCUGACCCGGCGCCCUCUCUUGACCCGGUGCCCUCUCCUGUCCCGGCGCCCUCUCCUGGCCCGGCGCCCUCUCCUGACCCGGCGCCCUCUCCUGACCCGGCGCCCUCUCCUGCCCCUUCCGCACCCCGCGUCCCGGCGCCCUCUCCUGGCCCCGCACCCUCCCUUGACCCGGCGCCCUCUCCUGACCCGGCGCCCUAUCCUGGCCUGGCGCCCUCUCCUGGCCCUGCACCCUCCCUUGACCAGGCGCCCUCUCCUGACCUGGCGCCCUCUCCUGGCCCUGCACCCUCCCUUGACCAGGCGCCCUCUCCUGGCCCUGCACCCUCCCUUGACCCGGCGCCCUCUCCUGACCCGGCGCCCUCUCCCGGCUUGGCGCCCUCUCCUGGCCCGGCGCCCUCUCCUGGCCUGGCGCCCUCUCCUGACCUGGUGCCCUUUCCUGACCCGGCGCCCUCUCCUGACCCGGUGCCUUCUCCUGACCCGGCGCCCUCUCCUGCCCCUUUCGCACCCCGCGUCCCGGCGCCCUCUCCUGGCCGGGCGCCCUCUCCUGGCCUGGCGUCCUCUCCUGGCCUGGCGCCCUCUCCUGACCCUGCGCUCUCCCCUGGUCCGUCCCCACCCCGCCUCCUUGUGCCCUCCCCUAGCCCUUCCCCACCGUGCGUCCCUGCGCCCUCUCUUGGUCCGUCCGCACCCCGCGUCCCGGCGCCGGUGUUUCCUGGCUUUUCGCCGGUCUCGACUCCGCCUUCCAGCCCGGCGGCGCCGAGUAGCGCCGACUCUCUGUCACCAGCCGGCUCGCAGGGCCUGCCCUCGGAGCAGCUCAGCAGUUCGGCCGCGGCGCCAGACGAGGCCGCCCCACCUGACACUUCGCCAAUGCACUCUGGGUGGCUGAACCUGAGUCUCUCGUCCUCUGACGCGCCCAGUCCGGCGUCUUCGGUCGCCGCCGGCGGACCUCCUUCUCCCGCUGCCUCUGACGGCGGGUCAGAGAGCGACUUCCACCUGCAGCUGAGCGACGACGAGCUCGAUUUUGAGCCAGACUCACCGCGGCGACCGUCGACGGCGCUUGGACCGGCCCCGGGACUCCGGGCGGCGCUGGACUCACCCCCGGGACUCCGGGCGGCGCCGGACUCACCCCCGGGACUUCGGGCGGCGCUGGACCCGGCCCCGGGACUCCGGGCGGCGCCAGACAGGGCCGAGCGAGCGGCCCGGGCCGGCGGCGCUGGCGCUGACCGCACGGAGGGGCGUCUGUCCGCAGACGGUUCCACAGCCGGCCGGUCGGCUGAGGACGCGAAGUCGCCCCCUGGUGCCACCGAGCGCGGUAACAAGCGGGCGCCCAGCACGAGGAAGACGCCGAGACGACGGCGUCCGGUGCUGGGGGACGGCGACGGUAUGCAGCUCCACAUUCCGACCAGCCAACAGGUGCUGAACACCAUCUCGCCGGGUCGGAUCGCGGAGCGGCCUGCUGUGCCCACCAGCGGAGAGCUGCCGCCCCGUCAGCCGGACGGACGAAGACCACGGAGUGCUGCUGCCGAGGACGGCAGCCAUAGCGCCAGUCCGGCGGGUGGGGACGGACAGCGGCCCCCUAGUGUGACUGGCGGCGGGUCUCCCUCGCUACCAAAGCGCCGGAAGCGGCCCGGCGAGCCGUUGGAGGACAGGCGACAGUCCGACAGCUCGUCCGAAGAAGACAGGUCUGACGCGGAGGAUGCCGCUUCCAGUGUGGAUAAAGAUGACCUAUCUGAAGUGGAGGAGGGCGGCUCCGACUCGGACAGGGAGGAGGGGGAGAUCGUCGACAGCUCUCCGGUGAAGGUGCCUCCGUCGCCGGCGGCGGUGAGGCGGCGCCGCGGCGGCUGCAGCCCGCGGCGGCGCCGGCGGGACCGUAGCGGCUCCGACUCUGAUCGCAGCCCGCCGCGGCGGCGGCGCCGGCUGGCCGUGCUCAGUCCGCUGUCGUGGCGCGGCCGGCGAGGGCGGGGGCGGGGGCGGCGGCCUCUGCUGGACAACACGGCCUGGCACUGGACUGCCGACGACCGGAACCGUCGCCGGCGGCGCUCACCACCGGCGCGGACCGCGCGCUGCGCCGGACUGGCCGCGUCUGCCGAGCGCAGUCGGCGCCGCAGGGAGCUGGUCGGCCGCUACCGCCGCUCCAGCUCGCCCGGCAGUGGCGACGACCGGCCGGUGCGGCGGACCCCCGGCUCCGGCGGCCGGCGGUCCGGGAGCGCGUCCAGGGAGCGGCGCCGGCACGCGGAGCACGAGGAGGAGGAGGAGGAGGAGGGGCAGGAGGAGCUGUUCUCGCCGCCGGACCGGCCGGCCGGCAGUCCGUCCGGUCUGACCGGCCACAGCGAGCGCCGGCUCGGCCGCUACCUGACCGCGUUCAUCAACAACGACACCUUCCUGGAGGACAGUGUGUCGAGGGCCGAGCCGUGCGCCGAGCGCGGCGACGUGGUGGCCGUGGCCGCCCCCGCCCCGACCCCGGCCCCGGCCGCCGCUGUGACGCCGCCGGGCCGGUGCCGCCGGCGCCGCAGCGCGGCGCGGCUGGGCGACAGCCAGAGCGUGGUGCUGGCUGUGGCCGCCGAGCGGGCCGGGCCCAGCCGGCGCUCCGAGUCGCCUGACACGCUGGAGCGGCUGGCGCGCCAGGCCGAGGGGUUCGCGGCGCCCGAGCUCAGCGGAGACGACUCCGAGAUGAGCCUCCUCUCGUUCUGCCGCUGAGGGAGCCGCCGGCCCGGCUGGCAGAGCCGCUGACUCGGCUGGCGGAGCCGCUGGCCCGGCUGGCGGAGCCGCUGGCCCGGCUGAGGGAGCCGCUGACUCGGCUGGAUAUGACUGGCCGAUGCCUCACACCAGUGGUGAACUCCGAUCGGUUGCUGUCCUUGCUGUCAGAUGCGCCGUCUACUGGAGAAUGGCGCGAUUCUCAUGAAUGCGGCGGGAAGCAGGGUGCGGGGUGUGCUGUACUGAUUUGCUGUACCGAUCAUUGCCAUCGCUCAUCUGCAUGCACAUAGAGCCCUGUGUUAGACCAGGCCGGCGACUGGGCGCCGCGCUCCGAGGGGUUUCCGUCAGUUGCGCUGGACGUCUGGGCCGCUCGGCCGCUCCCGCCCCACCGCCGGGCGCUGGCCCACCGUGGCUCGAUACUGCGUGGGCGAGGUGCCGAGACCAUGUCCGUAUUUGAGCUAGAUGCAUCUCGGCGUUAUUGUCAUAUACAUAUAUCCGUUA